AUGGGCGGUACGACCAAGUUCAAGUUCCCUCUGCCGCACCGGCGGCAGAAGGAGAAGACGCACGAGGUGCAGAGCAUAUCCGCGCCCAUGACCAACAAGGCCAGCAAGCUGCUCGGAGCGGCCGAGAUCAACAUCGACACGGCCUCACCCAUAUCCAGCACUAGCGAUCAGUCCAGACUCUGGGAGACACACUCUGCCGUCUCGGGCGUCAGCGCAAUCAGCGUUACCAUUUCGGAAACCACGGCGUCCGGCAGCAUCUCCAGGUCCCGUUCGCCUUUGAGCACCGUCAAGGAGAGUCCCACGGUGGCCCCCAGCAGGGCCAAUUCGCGGCCGGCAUGGGAGCAAGAGUCAGACAUAAUACCAAGGGGGCUGGGGGUCGGCGACAGCAACGCUGGGCGCAGCCACAACCCGGACACCAUCACGGAUGCAUCGAGUUUGAGGCGGCGCCGGUCGAGCUCCACCAUCGUUUCCUACUACGACAAGACGAAGCUACCCCUGUCGAUAUCUCAGCAGACCGCCAACUCGGCAAUAGCCAAGGGUCUGCCGGACAAGGCAUGGGAGCUCCUGGACAUGGACUCUCCCCGGCCCGCACCGGCGCCCCCAAAACCUGAGCGCAAAAAACCGAACAGGUUGGAUCUCACACACCUGUUGCCCAGCGCAGGGGCGUCAUCUAGGAGGGCAUUCACGAAACUGACCCAAAAGGGCAGCAGCAUGGUGUUGGGGCCCGAUCUGAUGACACGGUCACCAUCUUUUAUGUCCUCGUCCUCACCGGCUUCGUCACCAUCCGAAUGCGAACCAAAGCCUGAAAAGGGCUUGCGAAGAAAACUUACCAAGGAGAGCUUGCGCAGCCUGAGAGGCCCGAGGCCGGAUCGGACCAGUGUAUCGAGCUCCGACAUCAAGAACGCAAAUCUGCGCAAGCGGGCCACGGACACCGGCACGCUGUAUAAUCUGUACCAACACUACGAAGACACUUCCUUCCGCGACACCAUGAAUGGCGACGGUGUUAGGCCGGCUUCGCGGCAGAGCGUCAGCGCUACUGAGCCAGAACCACAUUCUGCCUCGCGACCAGGUGUUCGACAGAGUGUAUCGACAGCAUCGCAGCCCUUCAACAAGCCCCGCCACCACGUCUCGCCAUCCUUGUCUGCAGUUACCCGCCAGCCGUACACCGUGUUUCCUCAGGACCACAGCCAUGUUCCAAUAUCGGAUUCGCCGCUUGCCGUCACGAAUUUGGGUUUGGCCUCGCCUCCGGCUGACUAUGCCGCCAGUGUGUCCAGCAGACACACCCGCACCUCCAAGGCUUCCAAGAGGACGGACCAGAGCUUUACCGACUUUGAUCCAAACACGACUAGUCUGCUGUCCCUUUCAUCUGACUCAGAGGAUGACGACGCAGAACCACCGAGGACAGCCUUGUCCAUCCCCAGCGUCACCUCGCUUGAUAGCGCCUCUAGUCCCAUUGACAGUCGGAGGCCAUCGAGUACUUCCUCUUCGCAGGACCCAGGACGAAAACACCCAAAGAGCAAAUUCCGCACUUCUGAAGAUGAGAGGUUCAUGGCCGUCACGCGGCAAGAGGAGCUGCUCCUUGCCGCCAUGAGGGCAAAACGGGCACGCAUGCGUGAGAGCCACCAGAUUGGCGAACCAUUGGAGCCUGAGCUGGAUUGCGGGCAGGAUGACAGGAAAGCCUCGAAGAAGGAGUCGCUAUCGAGCAUCAAGACGGUCAAGGCUAAGACUCUGCAACCACCACCAGCCAGUCUUCACGUGUCGAGCGCCGCCAGCGGCCGCACCAACAGAAAUGAUACCACAACCAUGCUGUUCCCUCGACCGCCUUCCACGAAACCCAGUUCAAAACGCCCCGACAACGCAGGCACGAAGACUGAGAAGCACGAGCAGGUUCCACUCUAUCUUGGCGGCACAAUCAGCGAGGUACAAGAUGUGGUCGAGUCCAAUCCCGACUUGCGUGAUUUCCUCGUAGACAACACCGAGCGGUUCCCCGCUCCUGCAAGCUCAUCGACGGUCACCGCGAGCACAUCAACGCCGUCACACAGCCGCGCAUCGUCGGCUGCCGCUGUAAAUACUUACCAUACUCAUCCGAAGUCCGCACGCCAGUCGCGAACAGACCACGGAUCGACGAAAUCCCACACCAGGCACUCGUCCGAGCAGGCGUACAACAAAGCAGGCCAGGAUCUACGCAAAGCUUCUCACCACAAUAUAACGCCCGUCAUGGAGAGGCCCGAGUCGCCCUCGAGCCACUACGACGACGACGACUCACAGAUCGAGGAACAGCCUGAGGAACCACAGCCUCAGACGAGAAAGAAGGCCGCAAGGAUUAGUGCCGUAGGGAUGCUUCCGGAGUGGGGCGACGAUGGCUGA